AUCGUCCACUUCACACCAAAAAGGGGGGCUAAAACAACAAUGUUAAGCAUCUCAAGGCCAAGCGGGUGUAAAUGAAGAUAAAAAGCCAGGUUCCCAGGCCCCCACCCAAGGAUAUCUACCACUGCAUCCCCGUCUGGUCUCGCCAUACCUCCAACGACACUCGCCGCAUCGACACCGCUGUGCCCAUCACACACUACACGUCCAAACUUCCAAAAAAAUGGCCCUCAGCUUUGUCGCCAUGACAGUCCUGCUGGGCUCUUCCAUGGUGGUGGCGCUCGUAAUUCAGACGCCGAAGGAGGACCUCCGAGGGGAUCCCGCCAUCGCUCCCCUCUCUGCACACCAAAGGUGCCAGAAGGCUGCUCUGCCAUCCAUCAGGAGGAACCUGCUCAAGGCCCUGAACCUGAGGGCGGAGCCCCAGCUGCCCAUUGGUCAGCUGGAGGCUAUCAGAGCGCAGUGGAAAAAUACCUUCAGCGCCAUUGGCCACAGCUCCAAGGGCACCACAGGUUCAGCUCCGUCUGACCACUUGCCUGCAGUGGCACCUGGAGUCGGCAACGGCACAGACCUCCAGUGUUGCCAGGUGGCAUCUCUAAUCUCCCUGGAAGAUCUGGCCUGGGACAACUGGGUGAUCUACCCUGAGAGCUUCACGGUGGUGCAGUGCACACCCUGCGACUCCAGCAACGUGCACUGCCCAGGCCAUCCACCAGUAGCCGUUCACGACGUCCCCUCGCAGCUCCAGUGCUGCGAGCCAAUCUCCAAGGAGACGGUGCCCAUUGUGUACAUGGACGAGCUCAACUCCCUGGUGAUCUCUUCUGCGGUGCUGACCCGCCAGUGUGGCUGUGGGGCCGAAGUCCACAUAGUGCCAACUGAAGAGUAAACCCCCCAAACAAAUCUGCCAAAAAUGGGGGGCAGUUUUGUGAAAGCUGAUACUUUUCAACUGUGCUUUGGUUAUACAUUCAUGUUCUCGUAUCUCUGUUUUCCCCUCAUUUGGAUAGUUAGAAUAGGUUGGAGGAACAAACAUUGACUACAUCAAUUUGUCAAUCAUUGAGAGACGAAAUGUAGGUAGCUUCUUUUGUCCAUUUUGAUUAAAAAAGAUAAGAUCCCAUUUAAGAUACUUAAAUGGGUUAAGCUUUCGUUUCAAUUGUUAGAUAACCUAUUGCAGGGCAACUAAUAGAGAACCUGCCGCAGUGGCCAAACAGAACAUACCUCCAGUAAUACAGAUUAGCCGAAACAUUAGCUUGUAAUGUUGGAUAAUUGUGAGGAAUAUGUUUGGUUUAACUAUUAAUACUGUGUGUACACAGAACUAUUAAAAGCCAAGUCUUAUUUCACAACACUAUCUGAUUAGUUGCCAGGGAAUAAACCCUGCAAACCCCCUGAGGUCUAAUGUUCCCUCCAAAAAUGUGAACACAGUGCAGCACGCCAAAGUCCAUAACCUUUCACAAAGAACAAGCUUUUUAAACGUAAUCAAAGUCAGCUUUGUAUAUGUUCAGCAAUAAUGCAUGAUGCACUGACCGUUAAACCAACAUAAUGCAAAGGCUGUACUUUAUAUAUUUUUUUUCUUCAUAAAUAAUACAGCUCUUCCAUGUUUCCUGCUCCCUUGUGCUUGAGUUAGCUUCAUCUGCACUCUCAUUCCCAUGGCAAUGUUCCAGGGACGUGGUGCUCUGCAAAGGCAGAACACAUUAGCUAUUCAGCUGCAUAAAGCGUUGCCUUUUUUUAAAAUACAGAUAAUUAUAUAUCUGGGAUAGAUAAUACAAUUUCUGAAAAUAAUUGAAUCGUGUUUUUGCUGUGUACACGUUCUUUUAGCAGAAAAUGUGGAACAUGCAAUUGUCAACAGCAAGUUAGAACACAUGAAGCUUAUGAAGCAACUCAUGGUGUCGUCUUCCAUUUAAACUAUUCACAAAGAUUUUUUUCUCUAGUCUUGGCUAUGGCACAGAAUUUAUUUUUCCAUUGUGUUUGAUCAAGUGUUUGCUUGCCUGUUUUAGCUUAAUACCUUGCUACUUUUUAGUUUUAAACCACUAAAUUGAUUCUAUUAAUCCCUUCACAGUAUAUUUAUAGAUAUAUAACAUAAGCAUAUAUCUCUCACAAAACCAUUAAUAUCUUAAGUAUGUUAUGCAAUGUUUGAAAAGGACCUACCUUUGUUAGCUGGUCCGUUAUAACCUCUGAUAAUUGUGCACUCAUCACUUAAAUAAACAUGACUUUCCUUUGAA